UGGACAAAUCACAACGAAUCUCGACAUGAAAGUCGCACUUUACGCUCUGCUUAUGUUCGCCAUUGGGGCGUACUGCAACUGCGGGUGUCUAAACUGUAACAAGCAGUUUCACGUGAUUUCGCCACCUGGUGCCAAAGUGCAGAUCAUCCACAAGAAGAUCCACCACUGCACGUGCCCGACGGCUAUUCCGUACACGGUCGAAAUUCCCGUGGCGCCCAAAGCCGAAACGCACUGGGCGCGCAGCUACGGCUACCAAAUACACCCCGAGAGGCUCGUGGUAAGGAAACCGCACGUAUACUGCCCGAUUCCCGAAGAGUACGACGCGCAGCUGCAGAUCCCCGACGAGGAGACGCCGCGGCGACCCACCUACCUUAAGAACCUCUACGCGCACACCGAUCGUGUCAUAAUCUGCGAACCUCCACGUCACCACUUGCCGAAAGUCUGUUCGCCGCCCAUCCUGGAGAAGCUCGGCGGUCGAUCGCCGUACCCACGGGCUGAAAGGUACGAUUCUAGGUCCCCGUGUGUCAACGUGUAUAAGCAAAUUAUUUGGGCGCCCCAGUUUCUCGUGCAAAACUUCCUGGUGCCGCAAACUAACGUGGUCAGCAAAACGGCCACGAUGUUUGCGACCAACCAAAGUCGAGAGGUGAGUACCGAAGGCAACGAGGACGAGUUGGUGAUCACCGAGCCUCCCCAAGAAGCGAAAAGUCUGGACGCAGAUAUCCGGCCAGAAGUUGAUACGAAUUUAGUUGAAGUGGAGCCUGAUCAAAUGAAGAAAGAGAGCCUCCAGGUCUCCAAUUCAGCAAAUCCGCUCGGCGAUGAGCUGCUACUGAGAAGCACCACGGCCGAAAUCACCACCGAAGACCACAACCGCCUAAAGCGCUCCAUCAAUUACAAAAUGUUAGGCCUCAACACGAAAACCUCCCUCCUCCCGAGCAAGAGCAACAUCAACUUCCACAAGUUCACCUUCCGCAAGAACAGGAAUGGACUGACGCAUUCCCCCUACGUCACGGGACCGUGGGACCGCCGCUUUGCCAUGCGCAACAUUUUGCCGCACAGACGACCGAUGCUCGGACGCCACCGCUACUACGCCCAUGGCCCGCAUUACCGACGCAAACGUUCGGCCAAAUUCGAUUCGUUCGAGGAGAGUAACGAGAUCGAGGUCCAAUCAAAACCGGGCGAUACGUUCUUUCAAGCCGCCCCCUUCUUGAAAAUGCUCAGCGUGCCUCUGAAGGUCGUCGGUGAGCUACAGCGAAACCCCUUCUUCGGCGAAAUGAUGCGCGUCUCCAACACCCUCUUCAUGCAGUUCGUCAAGUCUUUCAUGGGGGACUACAGGAAAUCGAAGCGCAGAAGGAGACUCACCAAGAGAGAGAUCGGGUGUGACUGCGACACCAGGCGAUACAGACGAGAGCUGCCCGACCAAUACCAUGACAACAAGCUCGCGUACAACCAAGAGAGUGUACUUCUGGCGGAGAUUCUCAAGGCUCUGGCACGGAACAUGAAGAAGUCGCACGACCACAUCGAAAUCGGGCGAAAGAAGAGGAGCGUUAGAGAGCACGAGUACGAAGACAUCGGCACCCUCUCCUGGGAGCAGCUCGUCAAAGAACUCGAAGAAGUGUUGAGGGUGGAACGUGCACCUGAUCAACAAGCGGAAGAAACUAGGACCAAGCGCGGGGCCGGCGACGUAGAGCUACUCGAAGAGUUUGUCAGCGCAGUCGACGAGCCCGAUACUUUCCUAGCGGCGGUCAAGAGCACCUACAACCGAUUCACGAGAAACAAAGACGACCGACGCGAACUCUUCGAAUCUCCCCCGAGAACCAAACGCGAAGUCGGCCUGCUGCAAGCCAUCCUCAAGAUGCUCAAAGCGGAACGUUUGGUACCCAAACCGCGCCCAAAGAGAUCCGCCGCCAACCCGGAGACGCAAACCGUCAACGAAAGAAUCGCUCAGUUAACCGCCGACCUGCAGAAGAUGAUCGCGAGCACGUUCCACGAAGACUUCGACAUCUACAAGAAGCUACUAGCGCUACAAACCCUCAAGGUCGAAAUCGCCAAGACCGCAAAUGCGGACAAGAUCGACGAAAGUCUCCGUCUCAAAGAGGAAAUUCUGGGCGACAUCGCCAGGAAGAUCGGCGAGAAUCCGGACGAGGACAUGGGUAGGUGGAUCAAAACCCUGGUGCAUCUCCAGAAGUUUCAUUGCGUCUUGAAGACGCUGAAGAAAGAACCCAAGCACGAUCUCGAGGAGGUUUUGAGCAAAAUUAACUUCGUCAACGCGAAAAACAACAGGCAGCUCCUCGCGUUUUUGAAGAAAAGGCGCGCUGCACGAAUACAGCGCGACGUCGAGUCGGUGAGCAACCUGAAGAUGCUGAUGGCGAGCGGAGAAAUCGACAAGAUCAAAAAGGAGGCGGAAUUCCUUUGGGAGUCGAACAACUUGAGAAAACUGCAACGGGAUUCGGUCAAAGAAAUGGCCGAGAAGGUGGCGAAGAAGUUGAGAAUCCGUCGCGAGCUGAAGAUACUCUUCGAUCUGCAGCGGCAGCUCGAGCUGUGCGAGGAGAAGCAGAGGUCGCUGCUGAGCGAGGUUGAGGGCCCCAAAUAAUUUGUUCUUUUAUGAAAGUAUUUCGAGUCGUUUAUCUUAUCGAAUACUAAUGAAGAUUUCUUUUUGUUGCAGGCGAUAACUUCUCGCCUACGAGGGGGUUCGCGAAUAUCCGGUGGAUAAACGGCUUGAAAUGCGAUUCUUG